CUUGAAGUUAUCUCACUUCCACUAAUUUUGGACCUGCUUGCUUUGCACUAGAAACCUUCAUAGCAUAAGCUUGAGAGCUCCGUUGACAGGACAAGACGACAGCGGAAAGCUAGUGUCAAGAGAGUCAAGGACUGAAAUCUAUUGAGCAGAGUGCAGUAAGCUGCUGAAACUAUCGCCUUGAGAUAUCGAUAAUGACGUCCCGCGGGUGUCUCCUGGGGUUGGCCCUCGGCCUUGCGCUUGCACUACUCGUGGCUUCCACGCACGGUCGCCCGUUAAACACGCACGGCCGCGUGACCUUGGAACAGACCGAGAUUCAAGUAGCUUUCCCCGCUAUAGAGCAAGUUCUCGCACUCAAUAACGCGGAUGAGGGUCUUCUCUCCGCGGACCCCGUCGCACGGGUCGAUCGCACAGACGCGGGCGACAUCACAGGGCUCACCGAAGCCGUCGCCAGCAGUCGCCUCGGCGACCCGGAGAUGUCGAAGGUCACGCGAUGGGUCAUGGACCUCCUUCGCGAAACGUCGCAGGAACUCGCCGCAGGGUACUACGAAAAGGCGGCAAAGAAGUUGUUUUCGCCACGUACGAUCGUAAUGCCGCCGGAAGGACCGUCCCUCUUCCUCCUCUCCUCCUUCCAAAAAGCGGCUUUCCUGCAAACCCUCUCACUCUCCCUCCCUAACGUCGAGUUUCAGCCGGACGGCAUCUCGAUAUACGACCUCAAGUACAAGACUUAUAAGAAGUACGGGAUGACUAUAACGGGGACGUACGUCACCUCCCCGUCGCCUCUCGCGCCGGCCGUUACACCCGACAACGGCAAGUUUGUCUUCUACUGGGACCUUCUCAAGGAGAAGGCCGUCGGCGAUGCUGACGUGGCGCAGUUCCCGCUAGAGGGCGACGCGGGGGAGAACGCGCUUCGCGCCGCCGUCGAAGGCGCUUCGGCGGAGGGCGCUUCGGCGGAAAUCGCAUCGAACGGCGGGAAAUACAUCUGGGGCGUCAGCUGGAUGAUCUGGAACUCGGAUCUUCCCAAGGACGCGCCCGCACCGGAAGUGAACGUCGCAGCCAGUUUCCUCGAAGCUGCUGGAGCCGCCGCAAAUGGCGCUGCAGAAGCCGCCGCAGAAGCCGCCGCAGAAGCCGCCGCAUUGGACGGCGCAGCAGCCGCGACAUUGGCCGACCCGCGCCCGCAGGACAUCAUCAUGCGGAUCCAGGCCGCGUGGGAGGGCUUCUCGGCGGCGAUCGCGACGGGCGACGCGGUGUCUGCAACGGCUAUCUUCGCGCCCGUGGUGAUUCUGCUGCCGCCCAACCAGCCGAGAACGAUGCUCGUGACUCCCGACCAGAAGCAGCGGUUCGCGCAGGAUCUUAUUGACGCCCAGGUGACGCUGAGUGUGACUGUAGAGGACGUGGUUCUAGUGGAGCUCAAGUCCACCACCGACCCCAUGAUGGCGGGCGGGUCCAGCAGCCUCUCCGCCCUCGUCCGCAGCAGCUACUCCAAAACCACUUCUGAGGGUCGAGUGGUGGAGAUGGGCAAGCGUGUGGAUCUGUUUCAGCAGAACCCCUUGCUCCCCGGCCAGUGGUCCUUCGCCUACUCCAUCUGGAACUCUGAUGGCCUCGUCGCACCCGCCAUUAGCUAAACAGCGCUAGCUAUGGGGAGUUCCACGGCUUAUGGGUUUGGUUGAUUGAGGGCUUCUCUUCUGAGCCAACUGUGGGCUGGAGUUGACUGUUGCUAACUUGCUAUAGAUAUGUUAUACAUAAACAUAUAUAAUCCAAUAAUACGUUGUUCCCCAU